ACGCCGCGUUCCCUCCCUGUUGUCCCCGCAGCCCUUGCUGCUGUUCCUGGCUUCCCCUGGGUCUCUGCCGCGUUGCCCUUUGGGCCCCAGGCACCUUCUCAGCAGCGGGUGGAGUGCACACUGACCAUUAAUACCAGUGCAUCCAACACAACAUGAAGACUAAAACCAAAGGAAAGAAACAAAGGCAAACCGCUGACAAAGAAGCGUUUUCCGAAGAGCCAGCAAUGAGAAAAAAGGAACUGGUGAAAUGUCUGCGGCGCAAAGAAAGGAGGAAUGGGGGGAACAAGGAGAGCAGCAAGAGCCCCCCAGGCAGAGGCAGGCGUGCUUGGAGCAGCAAGGACAGGCUGCUGAGGAGGCUGGAGAGCAACGAGCGCGAGAGGCAGAGGAUGCACAAGCUCAACAACGCCUUCCAGGCCCUGCGCGAGGUGAUCCCUCACGUGAGGGCCGAGAACAAACUGUCCAAAAUAGAGACUCUCACUCUGGCCAAAAACUACAUCAAAUCCUUGACCUCCAUUAUACUCAAUAUGUCCAAUGGACACUUCCCAGCAGUAGAAGGGAUGGGGGGAGCCUGGGGAUCCAAAUUGUACCAGCAUUAUCAACAGCAGCAUGGGGAGGAUGACCAUGAGGAAAAUCUACAGAAAUAUUCCACAUAGAUUCAUAACUUCAGCCAAAACACCAACUGCCAGCUGCUACUGUCAUUGUUUUUCCUUCUUACAUCAUAAUACGUGUCAUUACCUAGAGGUUUAAAAAGAUUAUUUUGGCCUCCAGUCUCUCCUUUUUUUUUUUUUUUCCCUUAAAAA